AUUUGAAAGAUCUAGUGACAGGAAGAACGACAGUACAAUUUCCUUAAACUAACAGCUCUGACAUUAUUUUCAGUUAACCAGGGACCAACAAACUCUGAAAAUCCUGUGAUUUCACCUUCAUCCAAACACUCCCAUUCCUACUCCUUUCAUUCUUCCAACUGCCCCACUCUUCCAAGAGUUGUACACCAAUAUAGCCACUUUUUUUUUUUCCUUUCAAUUCCUUCAACUCACCAACCCCAAUUUCUCAAACCUAAGGCCUCUGAGCUCCCCCUGCUUUUGUGUUCUGAGCAUUGAGAUCCUCCGGGUUCUUGUGCAACCCUAGGUGAUGCUGAAUCUUUACAAGCUGAUGCGAAUUUAUAUUUUUCUGGUAGUUAUUAUUGUUGUUGUUAUGAAACUCAAAGUUCAUUUUUUUGUUUGCUGAGUUUAUGUGAUCCUGGAUCACGUAUAAGCUAAGUUGUAUAUAGCAAAGCUAGGGAUCUUUCACAUUUGACUGCUAGAAUGCAAAGUAUGUUGUGUUGUUGACGUGCUCAUCCCCACCAUUCCUCUCCUACCACCUUACUGGGAAGGAUAUAUAUGUAAUCAAUAACAGGUUGAGAGUAUCUCGUCAAAUCUGUUUCUUUGUUUCAAAAUAGCAAAGAUAUCCUAUAAUCCAGUGCUUGAGAAUGAAAAGUAGAGAACUGUCACUUUUGGAAAUGUCAAAUGGGAGGGAAAACGGGAAUCAAAUUUAUCAGACGGGUUUGCUUGAGAUUGAGCAAUUUGGAAUUUGGAACUGAAAUUAGAUACAAGACAUUCACCUAUCAGUGGAGGCACUUAAUUCCAACACAUUUGUUUAAGCAAGAAGACAAUUGACAUGCAAUACUUGCACUUGUGAUCAGUUAAUUGUUGGAAAUCCAAGUGUGACUUUAAGUAUCACAUUGAAUAGAAAUGAGAAAAUGAAUAAAAACCCAUUAACUAUUGUCUUAAGAUUUUUGAUUGAAAGUAGCGUUAAUCCUUAUGUGAUUGGAUUCGGUCUUAUUGUUGUUUUUAUGUUUUAUGUCUUUCAAGUGAACUUCCUCUCUUGAUAGAUCUAAUAUUGAUCUCUUAAUUUGAACCAAUCUUUAAAGCAGGCAAGCAGGUGGUUGUAAAACAAUUGGAUGUAUUUUAAUCUUCUUACUAUUUGCUUGUUAUAAUGAUUCUUUUCUCAAUGUUGCUCUCUUCCUAUAGUCUUCUUUAUUCUUUACAGAACGAGGAAGCACACCGUAGAUUUCUUCUUUUGUUUGACUAUUGUAAUUUUGGUUCCAUUGUUUGUAGUACUGCUGAAAGUUAUUAUUGAUUAUCCUAGAGCAAGAUGUAGUACUGCUGAAAGUUAUUGUUGAUUAUACUAGAGCAAGAUGAAGUUUGCUUGCGUCGUAGACAGAUGUUAUGGUUAUCAUAAUGGUCCGUGGAAGAGAUGCCUGUUGGGAACACUGUGUCCUGGUUGACGCAACUAAACAAAAGGUCAGAUGUAAUUAUUGUCAAAGGGAAUUCAGUGGAGGUGUAUACAGGAUGAAAUUUCACUUGGCUCAAAUUAAAAACAAAGAUAUUGUUCCAUGCACCGAAGUUCCAACUGAUGUACGAGACCAUAUUCAAAGUAUAUUAAGUACACCCAAGAAACCAAAAACUCCCAAGAAACAUAAGGCAGAUCAAGCUGCUAUUUCAAAUGGUCAACAGAAUAGUUCGUCUGCUAGUGGUGGAUUGCACCAUAGCCAUGGGUAUAGUGGACAGAAUGGUAUUGCUUGUCCAUCUUUAUUAUUUCCACUUCCUUCGCCAUGUGCCCAGCCAAUAGUGGAUGAUGGUAAAAUGCAAAAGCAGGAUGAUGCUGAUAGAAAACUUGCCAUAUUUUUCUUCCAGAAUUCUAUUCCUUUAAGUGCUGCUAAAUCCAUGUAUUAUCAGGAUAUGGUGGACGCUAUAGCUCAGUGUGGUGUCGGCUAUAAAGCACCAACUUAUGAGAAAUUAAGGUCUACUCUUUUAGAAAAGGUGAAAGCUGAUAUUCACAAUGAUUAUAAAAAAUACAGGGAUGAGUGGAAAGAAACAGGAUGCACAGUCUUAUGUGAUAACUGGUCUGAUGGUAGGAUCGGAUCACUUGCUGUGUUUUCUGUUGCAUGCCCAAAAGGAACGUUGUUCUUGAAGUCGGUUGAUGUUUCAGGUCAUGAAGAUGACAGUACUUACUUGUUUGAGCUUUUGGAGUCAGUUGUUCUGGAAGUUGGUUUAGAAAAUGUUGUUCAGGUUAUGACAGAUGCCAGUGCUGGUUAUGUUUGUGCUGGAAGGCUUCUCACAGCGAGGUAUAGUUUUUUGUUUUGGUCUCCUUGUGUCGCUUAUUGUAUAGAUAAGAUGUUAGAGGAUAUUGGUAGACAAGAUUGGGUUAUCACAGUCCUGGAAGAUGCAAAGACAAUCACACAGUACAUUUAUAGUCAUGCCUGGAUUCUGAAUAUAAUGAGAAAGUUUACAGGUGGAAAGGAAUUGAUCAGACCAAAAAUUACUAGAUUUGUCACUGAUUUCCUUUCCUUGAGAUCUAUAGUGAUGCAGGAGGAUAAUUUAAAGCACAUGUUUUCUCAUUCAGAAUGGUUGUCUUCCAUGUAUAGCAGACGUCCAGAUGCACAAGCCAUUAAGUCAUUGCUAUAUUCGGAUAGAUUUUGGAAGCAUGCGCAUGAAGCUGUGAGUGUUUCUGAGCCACUGGUUAAACUCCUAAGGAUGGUUGAUGGGGAUAUGCCUGCUAUGGGUUAUAUAUAUGAAGGAAUGGAGAGUGCAAAAGUUGUGAUCAAGGCCUAUUAUAAGGGAGUCGAAGAGAAAUACCUCCCAAUCUGGGAAGUUAUUGAUCGAAGAUGGAAUAUGAAACUUCAUUCAUCACUGCAUGCUGCGGCUGCAUUUCUUAACCCUUCGAUUUCUUACAAUCCAAACUUGAAGAAAGAUUUGAGGAUGAGGAAUGGGUUUCAAGAAGCCAUGCUCAGGUUGGCAACUACAGAUAAAGAUAAAAUGGAAAUUACCAAAGAACUUCCUACUUACAUCAACGCCGAGGGUGCACUUGGGACUGAAUUUGCUAUUUUGGGAAGAACACUAAAUGCCCCUGGGGACUGGUGGACUAGUUAUGGUUAUGAAAUCCCAACGCUUCAGAAAGCUGCAAUGAGGAUACUUAGCCAACCUUGUAGUUCCCUUUGGUACAGGUGGAACUGGAGUACUUUCCAAAACAUACAUAACAAAAAACACAACAGGGUGAAGCUGGAAAAAUUCAGUGAUUUGGUUUUUGUGCAUUGCAAUCUUUGGUUAAAAACCAUUUUCCGACGUAGGAAAGCAAAAUCUGGGGCCGUUAUCUAUGAUGAAAUAGAUUGUAGCUGCGAAUGGCCCUCUGAGAUAGAAUGUUUGCCCCCACUUAUGGAUGAUUCGUGGUUGGACGAUCUUCCCCUUCAAUGCAGAGGAAGUCCUUAG